GCUUUUCCUUGAGAAAAUCAAUCCCACAAUCCCUACACGCCGGCGGUGUAUUCGUGUAUUCAUUUGAAUGGUAAAACUGUGAAACGUUCGCGGACCUGCACAGUGAGGAGUUGCUUCUGAGUUUAACCAGUUUUUCACGGUUUGGAUUUUGACGCCUGGGGGAGACCUCAUGACACUUUACAAAAUGUAUCGCUGGUAAGCAUGAGCUGGUUAGCCUGUCUGGCAACGGGAAGUGUUUAACGUCAACCAGAAUUAAUCAAAUGGCUUUCUACGAUCCUGCCUGCACCUUUCUGCUGAAAAGAACAUGAAGCAGGUGGAUAUUAUAAAUAAGGAAGAAUUAGAUAAAGAAAGAUUUCAAGUUCAUUACGGAGUGCACAGCCCAGGCAAAGCGAAGCGAUUGUCAUCUUUCAAGAGGAAGGGUGGUCCAGUGGUGGAGGUGGGCGUAAAGCUGCACCGCAAAGCAUCAGAUGUAGGCCGUGCCCAUGACCGCGGCAUGGCCAACAAAGAAAAUGAGCUGACGUGCUCCGAUGAUGUGCGGGGCAACGGCGGGCUCCCUGUGAACUUUGCAGAGGCCUCAAAGAUGGCAGGGGCCAGCUCCAAGUACAGCGAAUUUACUGAGCUGUCAAAGGACCAUGAAGCUAUGACUCACGUCCUUUUUGGAAGGAAUCUGCGAUUAAAAGUAGCCCAAACGCUAUGGCGAAAAAACGCCAGUGAGUUAGUGGCCUACCUAAUAAGAAUUCAAGACACAGGGGUGCUGCUUGACUGCUUACCUGUCUUAACAAACGACCUCCAAAAUGAAGCACCAUGUUUGUCACUUGGCUGCUGCGUUGAUCUUAUGCCCCAAGUUAAAAUGAUUCUUGCCAGCAAAUAUGAAGAACACAUAAUGGUGGGUUUACACUGGGUUCAGUCCGUCAUCAGAAAAUGGUGGCCAGAACUUUCCAAGAAUGAGAAGAGACUGCGGGACAGUCGUUUAGAAGACAGGAAUAUUGAAGUCAUUAAGCAGCGACUGAAGGACUUAUGGAAGGAAGGAGCCAGGUUAUGUUUGGUUCCAGGAUCUACAGGAGAACUGGCAAAGGCCAUUGAGGCCUGUCUAUCACAGCUGCCCUGACGCUUGUCAGUGUAGCACUCUGAGGAUGUGACCACUACUGCCGGAUCAUGGCUGUGUUUUGAACUGAUAAUGAUGCCAGAGAAAUGGACUGGUUCGUUCUGCCUCUUAAACUCAAUCCUCUUACUGGGACUGAACCUGACAAUUCAGACAACUCCCUCAGUUAGAGGUGGAGACUCUCAAAGGGAGCAGAGAGAGCCUUUCUACAGAAACAAAAAAACACAGCAAAUGACUGCUUCACAUUGAAGUGGACUGUCUUGUGAAGGGGCAUAUUUAGUGGACCUCCAUGAGACUGGGUGUAACGUUGCUCUAUGAAGUGCCAAGAUCUUUGUCUGUCACCACACCACUCAUUGCCAUUGAAUGCAAAUGCACUUGUGGAUGUAAUGAAUGCUCAUGUUGUGAUGUGUCGCGUCUGGGUUCACCGGCAUCAGGAACUUGAAUCUGCAACAGUCUUAAAUUAUUAGAGUUCCUUUUGUUUGUUUGUUUUUUUUGUUUUAUUUUGCCUCCUCAUAUGACAUUUGACUAUACAGUGUAAAAACAAAUGAUUCUUUUAAUCUUUUAAAUAAAUUUGCUAAAAAUCA